GACAAGCUAUUCUCGUUGCGUGACCUUGGAAGUGCCGGUGGGACGUUCGUUCGCCUGGAGUCAGGGGUGUCCACUCUGCUUUAUCCCGGCAUGAUCAUAAUGCUGGGAAGGCACCAACUUGAGGUGAUAGACGUGUCCUCUACCGAUGCUGAAGCAAAGGCGGUUGAAGGUGAUCGUAUUCCCUUCGCUGUGGGGGACAAAGGCAGCAACGCCACGUCGCCUUCCAGCCCCUCAGCGUCGGGGGAUAGCUCGUCGACGGCAGCGCGCGGCAGAGGCAUGGCCUGCAGUAUUGUUGGUGGGAGCGCCGCAAUCGUCAAUAAAGGAUCCACGACGGACGGCGGGGAGCGAGAACUCGUGCACCCGAUCAGAGCACAGCCGGCCAAGUCUUCGUCCUCGAAGGUGGAGCGGGGGCUAUCACCGUUUGUGUUCGACACUCUGAUCGGUAUUGCUUUUCUGAUUUUCUCUAUACAAGAGUUUACCUGUCUCCGGCUGAACGGCCAGCGCACAUGUCUGAACUACGAACACAACGAAGGAAACCCUAAGAUCUCGCCCUCACCCCCGUUGUGGAUUGAACCACGCGCACUCAUGCAGGGAAAACGUUUCUUCGUGGGCAGAGAAGGGGCCACUCUCGGGUGGAAGAACACCAACACGAUCGCCUUCUCCUACGAGUUGGGCGGAACUGUGAUCGGGAUAGAUAAUUUCAUCUCGGGAGUACACGCCAGGAUCGUGUAUGAUGGGGGAAGCGGCUUCUUCCACGUCAUGGACGGCAGCUCUUUCAAGGUUUGA